CAGUGUGCCAGACAGAACUCAGCAGGUCAGAGAAAAAAUGUUAUGCAUAAGAAAUAAUAAACAAACUUGAGAAUGAGAACAGAGGAAUCCUGACUUCUUCUUCAUGUGCUGGGCUGGGAAGAGGAGACUUGCACAUAUCUCAGAGUCUGUGACCAGCAGAGAUUCUGAGAACCUCCCACCACACGGGAGCCUGGCAGCCCUUUGGGGCAGCCCUGGGAGGAGUCAGCUCACAGCCCCUGAGACAGGUGACCCAAGGCUUUCCCAUCCACAGGAACAGAGUUGAAUGUUUGCAGCAGACAAAGCCUUAUCAGCAACCUUUAGCCGUGUUUGCUCAAUGACCCUCUGGCCAUUGGGCAGCCAGGCUGACCCCCCAGGCCCAGGUGCUGGCUCAGCACAUUCUGCCAGCGGGGUGGCCAGGCCAGAGCAGCCCUGGCAGGCAGCACCAGCCAUGGAGGGCAGCGCUGACACCGAGGAGCCCCCGCUGCUGCCCCUGGCACUGAGCAGGUUCCACAUCUCCGAGGAGUUUGGCUUCCUGCUUCCCAAUCCUCUGACAGAGCUGCCAGCACCCUACAGUCCCUGGAUGGACAUUGCCCAUGAGCUGCCCCAGCUGAUCACGAGCCACCAGCUCCGCUCACGUGUGCACCAGAUGCCGCAGCUGAGCCCGCAGCAGCUCCGAGGGCGUGAGGAGCUGCACUUGGCACACCUGGUGCUCAGCUUCAUCACCAUGGGCUACGUCUGGCAGGAUGGCGAGGAGGGCACCGUGCAGGUCCUGCCCAGAAAUCUCGCUGUGCCCUUCUGGGAGGUGUCCCAGGCCCUGGGCCUCCCACCCAUCCUCAGCCAUGCAGACUUUGUGUUGGCCAACUGGAGGAGGAAGGACCCCAGUGGGCCUCUGGAAAUGGAGAACCUGGACACGAUCAUCACACUGCCUGGAGGCGACAGUCUGAGGGGCUUCAUCCUUGUCACCGUGCUUGUGGAGAAGGCAGCUGUGCCUGGCAUUAAGGCAAUCCCCCGGGCCCUCGGUGCCACCGUGCAGGGGGAUGAGGAGUCCCUGCACAGAGCCCUGGAGGAGCUGGCAGGGGCCAUCGAGGCCAUGAGGGAGGCACUGAGGAGGAUGCACGACUAUGUGGACCCAGAAGUAUUCUACUCUGUGAUCCGGAUCUUUCUCUCUGGCUGGAAGGACAACCCUGCCAUGGCCUACGGGCUCGUCUACGAGGGGGUGUCCGUGGAGGCGCUGGCGUUCUCGGGGGGCAGCGCGGCGCAGAGCACGGUCCUGCACGCCUUCGAUGAGCUCCUGGGCAUCUGCCACCGCCAGGACUGCGCCGCCUUCCUGCUCAGGAUGAGGGAGUACAUGCCCCCAGCCCACCGAGCCUUCGUGGAGCAGAUCCGCGGCGCGCUGUCCCCGCGGCACCUCGUGCUCUCCUCGGGGAACGCGCGGCUCCGCAACGCCUUCAACCGCUGCGUGUCGGCGCUGGCAGAGCUCAGGUCCUACCACAUCACCAUUGUCACCAAGUACAUCGCUGUGGCAGCCUCCAAAGCCAAGGCCAGGCGGGCAGAGCUGAACGGGGCUGGCCCUGCUGUGGGAAAGGCGCCGUCAGCACUGGAGGAUAAAGGAACUGGAGGGUCGCACAUCUUCAGCUUCCUGAAGAGCAUCAGGGACACCACCAGGGAGGGGAUGAUAAGGGCCUGACUGUGGUGGUGUUUGUGGGUGUGAUGGGAAUCUUGACUCCGUGUUUCAGAAGGCUGAUUUAUUAUUUUAUGAUAUAUAUUAUAUUAAAAAUGCCGUAUUAAAACUAUACUGAAGAAGGAGAAAGGAGACAUCAGAAGGCUAGAACAAGAAUGAUAAUAAAAUCUCAUGACAGACUCAGAGCCUCAAA